AUGACUCCAAAUGAACUUCGAAAGUAUGACUACAGAGAACAACAAACAAUGGAAGAAGAAAAAGUAAGGUUGGAGAUAGAAAGAGAAAGGAUACUCUUACAAAGAUUAUACGAGCAAAACAGACAUCUAGAGUACCAGAGAGAGAUAAAAGAACAAGAAGAAAGGCAGAUAGCAGAAAGAGUUCAUCCAAUGGCUGAUUCUACAGUAAUACUGAAGAAACUAGAAGAUAUAUAUGGCACUACACAGACUGAAGAUUCAAUCAUGCAGGAUUUCUUCAGUGCUAAGCAAGAAGACAAAGAAACAACAUCUGACUGGGCUUUAAGGUUAGAAACGAUUAUGCAGUUGGCAGUAGAGACCGUAUUACGGAAAAAGGCUAGAUUUGAGGAAGAUGAUAUAAAACGAACGUCAUCUGAUGCAAGUGUGAAGCAAGUCAAAACACAGAAUACAGAUCAAGAUGCUAGCAAAGAAGUGCAAACUGGUCAGAAAGACGGGAUACAAUUACAACAGAAUAUGAAAACAUCUUCAUAUUACAUGGACAAACAAAUGAACAUGAUGCAAUCAUUGAUGGAUAAAAUGAAAGAGCUGGUAAAGGAGAUAGUGAACACGAAAACAAAGAGCAGGAAAGAUCUGAGAUCCCGAGUAACCAAGACACACAACGAGGCUAUUCAUAUAGAGGAAGAGGAAGAUAUCAACGGGGAUAUAGAGCAUACUAUAACCCUAACUAUGGUCUACCAAAAUAUAAGUCCUACAGAGACUAAUAUGACAGUAGAAGUCAUAGAUACAACGGUCAACCCCAAAGGAAAGACGAAGAGUCCAGUGAUGCUUCAAAAGAGGCCAAACAACCAAACAAAAGUCCAGAACCAAUGA